AUGGACUCCCCGACCAGUGCUGGGAGCAGUGGCGUGGGAGCCAGAAUGCCUCACUAUGGAGACCAGCAUAUGGGAGAGAUCCACAAAGCUGCCAGCGAGGGCAACCUGGAGAGAGUGAAGGAAAUCCUAUUGUUCAGGAAAAAUAUUCGGAAUGAUAGGGACAUGAUGAGCAGGACUGCUCUGCACGUGGCCUGUGGCAACGGCCAUCCAGAGGUGGUGAGACUGCUAGCACGCAGACAUUGCCUAUUGAACCUCCGUGAUAUUGACAACAAAACAGCUCUGAUUCACGCCAUACAAUGUGGGCAAGAAGAAUGUGCCACUAUUCUACUAGACCAUGGUGCCGAUCCAAAUGUGGUGGACAUCCACGGCAACACUGCUCUCCACUAUGCUGUCCAUGGUCACAACACAGCUAUAGUGGAAAAGCUACUUUCCCCUGUGUCAAAUAUGGAAGCGAGAAACAAGAAUGACUUCACACCACUUUCACGUGCGAAAUAUGAAAACAAAAUGGUGCAAUUUUUAGUACCUAGAAGUUCGAAAGUUCAUCCGAUGGAAAGCAACCAACAACCACCUUCUAAAAAAAAAGAAAAAAGAAGACAUUUGGAGUCUCCUGAAAGUAAACAUUUUGUUACUCAUCUACAGAAGUCUCUAAAACAAACAUGGAGCAGAGGAAAAUCAAAUAAAGAGAACUUCCUGUAUGGUUUGAGGGUAAAAGGAAGGAUUGGGAACUCCUUAAUAAGUGGUUUCCAUGCUGUUGCAGAAAAAAAUAUGCAGACAAGCAGUGAAAGGGAAGUGUCAGGAAACACGUAUGCUGGUGAUAAUGAUGACAGUGACAGAAAUGGAUUGAGACAGCAAAGUAACAAUGAACAAACUGAUACUCAGCAGCCAAAUGAUAAUAUUAAUGAAAACACAGUCGUUUUAAUGAAUAAGGUUGAAGAAAGGAAGGAACCGAAAAAUAGUAAAAGGGAAGAGUCAGGAAACAUGCAUGAUGGUGCUGAUGACAGUGACAGUCAUGGAUUGAGUCAGCACAGCAACAGGGAACAAACUGAUACCCAGCAGCCAAAUGAUAAAAUUAAUGAAAACGCAGUCAUUUUAAUGAAUAAGGUUGAAGAACAAAAGACCCAGACAAGCAGUAAAAGGGAAGUGUCAGGUAACAUGCAAGAUGGUGCUGAGGACGACAGUGACAGUGCUGGUGUGAGGAAGAGAAGCAGCACUGAACACAGUGAUGAGCAGCAGCUGCCUCUUAAAGAGAACAAGUCAGACAGAAAUGGAUUCCCUCAUUGGUGGUGUAGAUUUUACCGCAAACAUCGCAUUGGCAUUGCUGAUUCUUCUCCUACAUCAGAUAGAGUGGUCUUCAAGGUUGAAGGAGAAAAGAAGCAGACAAUCAGUGAAAAGGAAGUGUCAGGAAACAUGUAUGCUGGUGAUAACAGUGACAGAAAUGGAUUGAGACCUCAAAGGAACAGUGAACAAACUGAUACCCAGAAGCCUAAUGAUAAAGUUAAUGAAAACAAGGUCUUUUUAAUGAAUAAGGUUGAAGAAAAGAAGGAACAAACAAGUAGUAAAAAGGAAGAGUCAGGAAACAUCUAUGAUGGUGCUGAUGACAGUGACAGUGAUGGAUUGAGUCAGCACAGCAACAGUAAAGAAACUGGUAUCCAGCAUCCAAAUGAUAAAAUUAAUGAAAACACUGUCAUUUUAAUGAAUAAGAUUGAAGAAAAGAAGGAGCACAGUGUUGGUGUGAGGCAGAAAAGCAACAGCAAACCAAGUAAAAAGCGGCACCUUCAAUUUAUGAAGAAUGUAGAGUCUGAUAGAAAUGGAUUCCCUCAUUGGUGGUAUGGAUUUUACAGGAAACAUCGCAUUGGCAUUGCUGAUUCUUCUCCUACAUCAGAUAGAGUGGUCUUCAAGUCUGAAGGAGAAAAGAAGCAGACAAUCAAUGAAAAGGAAGUGUCAGUCAACAUGGAUGCUGGUGCUGGUGACAACAGUGACAGAAAUGGAUUGAGACCUCAAAGGAACAGUGAACAAACUGAUACCCAGAAGCCCAAUGAUAAAGUUAAUGAAAACAAGGUCUUUUUAAUGAAUAAGGUUGAAGAAAAGAAGGAACAGACAAGUAGUAAAAAGGAAGAGUCAGGAAACAUCUAUGAUGGUGCUGAUGACAGUGACAAUGAUGGAUUGAGUCAGCACAGCAACAGUAAAGAAACUGGUAUCCAGCAGCCAAAUGAUCAAAUUAAUGAAAACACUGUCAUUUUAAUGAAUAAGAUUGAAGAAAAGAAGGAGCACAGUGUUGGUGUGAGGCAGAAAAGCAACAGCAAACCAAGUAAAAAGCAGCAGCUUCCAAUUAUGAAGAACGUAGAGUCUGAUAGAAAUGGAUUCCCUCAUUGGUACUGUGGAUUUUAUAGCAAACGUCGCAUUGGCAUUGCCGAUUCAUGUCCUACAUCAGACAAUGUCGUCUUCAAGCCUGAAGGAGAAAAGAAGCAGACAAGCAAUGAAAAGGAAGUGUCAGUAAACAUGUAUGCUGGUGCUGGUGAUAACAGUGACAGAAAUGGAUUGAGACCUCAAAGGAACAGUGAACAAACUGAUACCCAGAAGCCCAAUGAUAAAGUUAAUGAAAACAAGGUCUUUUUAAUGAAUAAGAUUGAAGAAAAGAAGGAGCACAGUGUUGGUGUGAGGCAGAAAAGCAACAGCAAACCAAGUAAAAAGCAGCAGCUUCCAUAUAUGAAGAAUGUAGAGUCUGAUAGCAAACGUCGCAUUGGCAUUGCUGAUUCAUGUUCUACAUUAGACAGUGUGAUCUUCAAGUUCGACACCAUUUUGGUUGGAGAAGAUGUGAGGAAUGAUUUCAGUCUUUUUAAAUUUACUGAGGCUUGUUUUACGGCCUUACACGUGAUCUUCCUAGGAAUCUCUAAUAACAAUAUAUUUAAUAUUAAACAUUCAUCAAAGCCUGAAGGAGAAAAGAAGCAGACAAGCAAUGAAAAGGAAGUGUCAGUAAACAUGUAUGCUGGUGCUGGUGAUAACAGUGACAGAAAUGGAUUGAGACAUCAAAGGAGCAGUGAACAAACUGGUACCCAGAAGCCCAAUGAUAAAGUUAAUGAAAACAAGGUCUUUUUAAUGAAUAAGAUUGAAGAAAAGAAGGAGCACAGUGUUGGUGUGAGGCAGAAAAGCAACAGCAAACCAAGUAAAAAGCAGCAGCUUCCAUAUAUGAAGAAUGUAGAGUCUGAUAGCAAACGUCGCAUUGGCAUUGCUGAUUCAUGUUCUACAUUAGACAGUGUGAUCUUCAAGGUUGAAGGAGAAAAGAAGCAGACAAGCAGUGUAAAGGAAGUGUCUGGAAACACGUAUGAUGGUGUUAAUGACAGUGACAGAAAUGGAUUGAGACAUCAGAGCAAAAGUGAACAAACUGAUACCCAGCAGCUAAAUGAUAAAAUUAAUGAAAACUCAGUCUUCUUAAUGAAUAAGGUUGAAGAAAAGAAGGAACAGAAAAGUAGUAAGAGGAAAGAGUCAGGAAACAUGUUUGAUGUGGCUAAUGAUGACACUCACAGUGUUGGUGUGAGACAGAAAUGCAACAGUGAACAAAGUGAUAAGCACCAGUUUCCUAAUGUCGAAAAUGUAGAUUCUGAUAGAUUAACCUUACAAAAAGACAAAGAGAAGAGACAAAAAACUGAUGUGUUAUAUAAAAAAAAUAUGGCGCACUUAAGGAAAAAAGAAGGGCAGUCCACGAAAGCAGUUGAAAUGGACCCCAAAGUUGAAAACACCAUAGGAACACAAGUCAUGGCCCUGAAGACUGUAAGAGGGAAUAAGGUUGUUGAAGAACAAAAUGACACUCAGAGGCAACUCUCUGAAGAACAGAACGCCAGUAUAUUACAAGACGGAAUUCUGACCAAACACCCUUGCAAGCCUAAGGGGAGAGAAAGAGCUCAUAAGAAAGUGUUAUCUCAGGUUUCUGAUAGUUAUGAAAAAGAAGAAUGUCUGUUACAUGAAAAUCACAUCUUGAAGGAUAAAAUUGCCAAGCUAACACUGGAACUAGACACACAAAAAAAUCAGAUAAAGGAAAUGCAAAAACAAUAUUUUGAGGACAUUGUGAUUGUCAAAGAAAAGAAUGACCAUUUUCAAAAGACGGUAACAGAAGCACUACUUCAACACAAUGAGAAGUUUGAAGUUCUGAGAGCUCAGCUUACGAUGCAAAGCACUAAACUGGAGGAUGAACAACAAAACAGAGGAAGACUGGAAGCAGAAGGUGACUCCUAUAGGUCUAGACGGGCUACUGUUAUAGAGUAUCAUGAGCACUGUGAGACUUCCAAAGGAGAUCUACAAGUUACUUUCAAGAAAGGGAAAGAAGAAUGUUUUUGUUCCCAGGACAAAAAGAACUCUGAUAUGUCUGACCUAAAACAUAGCAUUGAGAUGUUUUCUCAACAACUUUCUAAAUUUGAAAGUCAAUUCAAUCACCUGGAAAUUGAGCUUCAUUGCAUAAGAGAAGCUCUCAGAGACAGGACAUUUGUUUUACAAGGUGGAGAAGGAGACCAAAGCCAAACACAGAGUCCAAAGAAGGAAACGGAACACAUGUAUCAACAGGAACCAGGUAAAGCCAAUAAAGUCACUGGAAAGCAGGAAUCUUUACAGGAGAGGCUAUCUCACCUGGAGAGGGAAAAUAAGUUGCCUGAACAGCACCUGGAUCAGGCUCACAACAAAGCUGACAGGAAAGGAAAGAGAGUCAUUAAGAUCCAAGAUCAGUUGGCAGAGAUCAUAAAAAUACUUCAAGCCAACAGUGAAAAGCAAGGUCUUAUGCUGAAGGAAACGUGUAAGGAAUUAACCAACGAAUGGCAUCUUUUAAAAGAAAACAUACAUCAGUAUGAAAAUGAUAAAGCGGAAAAAGAUGCAAUUGUGAGAGAACUUCAAGGACAACUGGCUGAUACCCAAAGAAAACUAUCUUCAACUGAGAGUUUACUGAAACAUCAUCGUGAAGAUUCACAAUGUAAAAUACAAGCGUUGCAGAAGGAAUUAGAGGAAACCAGAAGUCAGUUGCAACAUGAAAAAGAAGAGACAAACAAAUUUGAUGUAACCAGAUCUCAGCACCAGAGCUUGGUUGAAGGACUGAAGCAAAAGAAUGAUGUAGAAAAAUCGAUGACCAGAUCUCAGGAUCCCUUAAACAUGCCAAAAAAUAAUUUCAAUGAAGAGCACAGUUUACCCACAGCUUCAAAACUAAGUCUACUAGAAGUGGCAAUGGAGACUAUGAGGUUCCAUCGAGAGGUUGAUGAGCUUGUAGCAGAUUCAAAACGUACGCAUCGUCCUGAAGAAAAUACAGCUCAGCAGGAGAUAGAACUCCAAGAAUUAAACAAAAAAUGUGACGAAAUGACGCAUAGAGUAGAGUGGUGGAAACAAGAAGCAAUAAGAGUCAGAAGAGAAAUGGAAAUAAGUAGGGAAAGAUUCCAGGAAGAAGAAAGGCGUCUAGAUAGGCUUGGAAAAUGUGCAAAUCCUUAUCUAGCGUACAGAUUGGAACAAGUCAGGCAAACUUUCCAGUUCUAAGAAGCAGCUAAGAGGAAUCAGCACCGAACUUCUCCUUGUUUCAGAAGCAGCAAGACAGACCACUAAGCACUCCUAAUAAGAAGCCCUUCCUGGGGACAGCUUUUGUUGAAAAUCCUAAUAAGUUUUGUACGAAAAAGAAAACUUGCUGAUUCCUACUUUGAGAAUCUUUUAUGAAUACAAUAAACUUAUAC